GGGGGCGGGGCCUCGGUGCCCCACCCGGGCCAGCGGGCCACGCCCCUUCCCCAGCUCCGUGCUCUCAGUCAGAGCGAAGCGGCCGGCGGAGCAGAGCGGACCUCAAGGUCAGCCAUGUCAUCUGAGCCUCCCCCCCCACCACAGCCCCCCACCCAUCAGGCUUCAGUUGGGCUGCUGGACACCCCUCGGACCCGUGAGCGUUCACCAUCCCCACUGCGGGGCAACGUGGUCCCGAGCCCACUGCCCACUCGCCGGACGAGGACCUUCUCAGCGACCGUGCGGGCGUCACAGGGCCCUGUCUACAAAGGAGUCUGCAAAUGUUUCUGCCGAUCCAAGGGCCAUGGCUUCAUUACCCCAGCUGACGGCGGCCCCGACAUCUUCCUGCACAUCUCUGACGUGGAAGGGGAGUAUGUCCCAGUGGAAGGCGACGAGGUCACCUAUAAGAUGUGCUCCAUCCCACCCAAGAAUGAGAAGCUGCAGGCUGUGGAGGUCGUCAUCACCCACCUGGCACCGGGCACCAAGCACGAGACUUGGUCCGGACAUGUCGUCAGCUCCUAGGAGACGCUGGAAGCACCCCUUCUGUGCCUGUGGGAGACUUUGUGGGGAGCAGGCGGCAGACUCUGGAGAUGACAUUCUUCCACACGAGAUGGGGCUUUGCGGGGGCAUGGGCCCUUUCAAAUAUCUCCUGGAGGAAGGGGUGUGUGGGUCAGGCAUGAGGUGUUCCCGGCCACCAGCACAGUCUCUGACCAUUGCAACAACCUCUCACCACCUGAAGAGAAUUAAAAGCAUUUAAAAAGUA